GGUCCUACUCCUACCUUCUCUUCGCUACUUCAGUUCGUUCGCUCCUAAAUCCCCAUCAAUGGCUGCUCCGUUGCUCCUCAGAGGUCUACCGCUCCACCGCCUCCACCACCAUCGGCAACCGCAGCACCACCUUCUCACCUCCGGUUUACUCAAUCGUCGACUAUGGUGCAACGACGCCUCCGAGUCAAUUAAGUCAGACGCCGACGCAGCUUCUGUGAGCCUGAGCCAGAGCACCGCCGUACUCAGCGCCAAAGGUCCGCCGCCGUAUCUGAGACGGUUCAGCGCGGAUUACCGGAAAUGGAAAGCGAAAGAAUCGGAGAUUCUCAGAGACAUCGAACCGGUCAUUUUGCUCACCAAAGAAAUUCUUCACUCAGAUAGGUACAUGGAUGGAGAACUUUUGACAGCUGAAGAUGUGAAAAUUGUGGUAGAGAAGCUUCUUGCUUAUCAUCCUCGUUUUGAAGAUAAAAUUGGAUGUGGCCUUGAUUCAAUUAUGGUUGAUCGACAUCCCCAAUUCAAAAACUCAAGGUGUCUCUUUGUCGUGAGAAAGGAUGGCAUAUGGAUAGAUUUUUCGUACCAAAAGUGUCUACGCCAAUAUAUCCGAGAUAAGUAUCCUUUGCACGCAGAAAGAUUCAUAAAAGAACAUUUCAAACUCGGUAGCUAGCUAAGGUUCCUCAUAAACACCACCUGAUUUACAUCAUCAAGUUUAACAUUUCUGGUAUAUAUAUAUAUAUAUUGCCUGA